AUGUUUAGUUUAUCGAAAGUCAUUUAUGGCAAGCCUAUACUGUUGGCAGUGCAAGAAGAUAUAGUCGCACCUCAAAAUAGUCAAGGAGUUGGGAAACAAAAUUGGAUCAAGACCGAUCCACAACAAAAAGUGAUCGGCCACAUUCAAUUCCAACAGUUUCCCAAUUGUACUGUGAGGGCCACUGGUGUUGUAAAUAUAUUUGAUCCUUGCGGUCCCCAAUGCGAAUACGAUCGCGUUAGAACACACUACGAUAUCCAUGUACUCAGUGGUUUUCCGCCUAAUAAACUAAUUAGUGUCGUCGAUCUGGAGGAUAUUGUGAGCGCCAAUGGCAAUCUUGAUUAUCCGUUCCAAGGUUUUACAACUCUAGCACAGCCUUUUGAUGAUCUCGGCAGCCUCAAGUGUGCAGUGAUGCUCGAAGAUCCAAAUGGUAAUGAAUCUAAUGAUAAAGUUCUUGGAUCUGCCCAAAUCCUCCCAGCUUAA